AUGGGGGACCUGAGGAAGGAAGGACCAGAGCCGCUUCCUCUCUUCCUGCAGCCCCUGUGCCCCAAGGAGCUGUGGCACUUUGUUCAUCAGUGCUACGGGACGGAGCUGGGCCUGACCAGUGAUGACGAGGACUACGUGCCCCCUGAUGACGACUUCAACACAAUGGGCUACUGCGAGGAGAUCCCUGUGGAGGAGAACGAAGUGAAUGACAGCUCGUCCAAAAGCAGCAUAGAGACCAAGCCAGACGCCAGUCCACAGCUGCCCAAAAAAUCCAUCACCAACAGCACAUUGACAUCCACAGGCAGCAGCGAAGCCCCAGUCUCGUUUGAUGGCCUGCCCCUGGAGGAGGAGGUGCUGGAGGGUGACGGGUCCCUGGAGAAGGAGCUCACCAUUGACAACAUCAUAGGGGAGAAGAUUGAGAUCAUCGCACCUGUGACCUCCCCUUCAUUGGACUUCAAUGACAAUGAGGACAUCCCCACUGAGCUCAGCGACUCUUCUGACACCCACGAUGAAGGGGAGGUGCAGGCCUUCUAUGAGGACCUGAAUGGCCGGCAGUUCGUGAAUGAAGUCUUCAACUUCAGCGUGGACAAGCUCUACGACCUCCUCUUCACCAACUCGCCCUUCCAGCGGGACUUCAUGGAGCAGCGGCGCUUCUCAGAUAUCAUCUUCCAUCCGUGGAAAAAGGAAGAGAACGGAAACCAGAGCCGAGUGAUUCUCUACACCAUCACCCUUACCAACCCUCUGGCUCCCAAAACUGCCACUGUCAGGGAGACACAGACGUUGUACAAGGGGAGCCAGGAGAGUGAGUGUUACGUGAUCGACGCCGAAGUCCUCACCCACGACGUGCCGUACCACGACUACUUCUACACCAUCAACCGCUACACGCUCACCCGCGUGGCUCGAAACAAGAGUCGACUCAGGGUCUCCACAGAGCUGCGCUAUCGAAAACAGCCCUGGGGGUUAGUAAAAACCUUCAUCGAGAAGAACUUCUGGAGUGGGCUGGAGGACUACUUCCGCCAUUUAGAGAGUGAGCUGGCCAAAACGGAGAGCACCUACCUGGCUGAGAUGCACAGACAGUCUCCUAAAGAGAAGGCCAGCAAGGCGCCGACAGUGCGGAGGAGGAAGCGUCCCCAUGCCCACCUGCGGGUGCCUCACCUGGAAGAGGUGAUGAGCCCUGUCACCACGCCCACUGAUGAAGAUGUGGGCCACAGGACCAAGCAUGUGGCAGGUUCCACGCAGACACGGCAUAUCCCUGAGGACACUCCCAAUGGUUUCCACCUGCAGAGUGUGUCCAAGCUGCUGCUGGUUAUCAGCUGUGUGAUCUGUUUCAGUCUGGUGCUGCUGGUCAUCCUUAACAUGAUGCUCUUCUACAAACUCUGGAUGCUGGAGUACACUACCCAGACCCUCACUGCCUGGCAGGGUCUGAGGCUCCAGGAGAGGUUACCCCAGUCUCAGACAGAAUGGGCCCAGCUCUUAGAGUCCCAACAAAAGUACCACGAUACUGAGCUCCAAAAAUGGAGGGAGAUCAUCAAAUCCUCAGUGAUGCUUCUUGACCAGAUGAAGGACUCACUCAUCAACCUUCAGAAUGGUAUCAGGUCCCGUGACUACACGUCCGAAAGUGAAGAGAAGAGGAACCGCUAUCAUUGACAAGGCAGGAACAGGGUGGCUGCAAGAGGCCUGUGCAAUACAUGUACAUAGACCAUAUACAUAUAUAUAAAUAUAUAUAUACAGAAUAUAAAUAUAUAUAUAUUAUAUACAGAUUUUAAAAAGAGAUAAUGCCUAUGUACCAGGGAGAAGGAGCGGGACCUCCCGCCCCCUGUGCCAGCCAGAGCAGCGUUUUCCUUCGGUGGAGGGGCCGAGGAGGGCAGGGACCACCUCUCAGCACCAACCUCCCCUGAUCCUCCUCCUCCCAUCCUCUGCUCCCCACCCCUUCCCUUGCUGGCCACUCUUGGCUCUUAGAAGGGAAAUGUUGUUGAGCCAAAGUUAUGCCUGUGAAGACCCUAGGGUCUUGAAAAGUAGUCUCAAGGGGGCAUUGCUUAAGGUGCUUCAUUCCUUAACCCCCUUUUGAUUUGUUUCCAAAAUAAAAGAGAAUCUUUUCUUCCCUAUGCCACGCUUCCCCAGGCGUUCUCUUGGGAACACAGAAGCAUCAAGGUCAGGAGCCCAAUCUAGACUCUUCCAUAGGGGGCCACCCACUUGAUACUGACCAGACGCUAAGCGUCAGGUGGAAAGGACUGUUUGCAAAGUUUGGGGGGCCGCAUUUGUGUGGUGGGGCUUUGGAGCUGCAGGCUCCUGAGAACUUGUGUUCUGAAGGGUAUUCUCCUCAAUUACCCCUGCACCUCCUCUGACCUGUAUAGGGGGUGGACCCAAUAAGGGCUGGGAAUUUCUUACUUUCCCACUCCCUUUCUCUCUGGUCUUCUCCCAGGCUGGAUCUGGGUGGAGUGUCACUUUUUAGUGCCUAAAGUCCUAUUGUUUCUCUGUGCCCUAAGAGCACAUUGUUUAUUAGCCAGGGUAGAGCUUUUUUGACCUUGUUAAACCUCUUUUAGUGGUUAAAAGCAAGUCAGGUCUGUGGCUCUAAUUCCUUCACUUUGAGCUGUCAAAUGGAUUUCCAGGAUGAAUCAGGGUGUCCCUAGGCCCUCCAGGGUUUGAGAGAGAGAAUGUCCUAGCAACAUAUGGAUUACAGGGUCUACCCUAGAGCACCAUGUGUCUAGUGAACAUGAAUAGCCAAGGCACGCAGUGGGUUGCCGGCAUUAUUUAGUCUUGGUAAAGAACCAGUGGUAAUGUUGUCAUUGGAGACAAGUGUCUGAGACUCUUUGCGUGUGGAAGAACAUCUAAGCCAUCAGAGGGAAGGAUUUGGCAAAAGUGCAUGUGUUUGGGCAGGAAAAGGCCAGAUGGAAUCUCCGCCCCAAAGGAGGCCAUUCCAAAUCCUGAGUUUCUCAGAUCUAGGAGUGGGUUUCGGUGGUAGGGAGUGGGAGCGUGCAAAAACUGUUCCAUGGCCUCUGGCCCCAGAGAGGUAUAAGAUCACUAAGGAGUAGAAGGAAGGCACUGGUUGGAAGAGUGAGCCAUCCAGAGCCUUUGGGGGGUUGGUCCCUAGGAUCUGUGCAUUUGUUUGAUUCAGUGGGACCCUUCUGGGUAUGUUCCUUAUCCUUCAUACACUAACCACUCUUUCUCCAUACAAUGGCCAAAGGAGUCCUGCCAGCCCCUGGCAGAGCUGGUGGAGACUCUUAUCAGGAAAGAAUCACAGCCACUUUGGCAAGGAGAGCUCUUCAAGCUUGCUCGUUCUUCUCCUGGGCUCCUUGAGGCAAGGGGUGGAAGGAGCCCCAGAGCCCCAGAUGUCUCAGAACAUCGGCCCAAAGGAAGGAAGAUUGUGUUCUUGAUCCACCCCGAUGAGAAAGUUACAUUCUUCUCUUAGAAUGACUUGAACGUCCCACUUUGGCAAUUAAAGAAAAGUUUUUGACUUUUCAGUUUAUAUGAGCAUGAGGCUUUGGUGUUUCCCUAAGGGCAGGAUCAGAAAACAGUGCCCCAGUCAUCCCCCAAGGGUGGAGGAGAAGUCUCCCGUGGUCAGCUGGCAUUGAUGUGCAUGCCCUGGAAAAGGAAGCGUGAGGCAAUGGAGUUGAAUGUAAUGCUUGGGAGGGCCGCACAUGCCACAGGCCAGUUGGUCACUACUCAGUUCUUGUCCAGGACUUUGAGUGACACACUUGAAUGGCCCAGGCUCAUGGGCACUGAGCCAAAGAAGGAGGGUGAUGCCAACUGCUAGAAACUUCCCCCUUGAAGCAGCCAGAAGCUAAAAUUAUUCCCAGAAACUUUGAAAGCAAAAAUCAUAAAUUCUCAAAUUCAUUGCAUAUAAAAUUAUUUUCUUAAGUCAUUUAAUUAUUAAAGAUGCCAUGGUGGGACCUUUGGGAUGACUUUAAAAGGAUUCUUUGCUGGUAAUAAAGUGAUAAACGUAGACCUGGCCAAAGAGAGGCCUUCUGCUUUUGCUUUACCUCCUAGGACCAUUCAAGGGAGGAGCAGGUGAUGGGGAGGUACUUAGUAUGUCAGAGGAACUGUCCUGUUUUCUGGUGAUUUGAAUACAGGAGACAAUGUGUACACCUAGGGAAUGUUCCCUAAGAAUCAUGCACCUCUUGUGGGCUAAUCAUUUUUUGACUGUCUAACCAGGAGAAAACCAGCAGCUCUAUUCAUUCCCCCACAAAAAAUAUUUUUCCCCUUAGUCAAUAACUUGUGAAAGAGAAGGAACUCCCCCUUGCAGAUAUGUGUGGGAAUGACACAGAUAAACAACAUCAGAACUCCCGGCUGGUAGCUGUCUGCCAGAGAGCAUCAAAACCACCGCUUCUCGUGUCAUGUCUUCCAGCCAGGGCUUUUUUGUUGUUGUCUGCUUACAUAAUAACUCUGGGGUCAUGCAGGAGUCUUUCUGCAAGGAUACGUGUGGGAAAACAUUCAAGAGCUUGCACUAAAUUUUAAAGAAUUUGCAGUGUCUAACUAGGUGAAGAGUAGGUACAGGGUUGGAACUUUGACUCCAGCUUACUGUGGAGACAAGAUUGGCCUCAGAGAAGCCAGUCGUGUGUGCAGCUCUCCCCCUUCCCCAUCCACCUCCCUGGGACAGGGGAUAGCACCCAGGUCAGCAAGAUCAGUGACUUGAAGCUCUCUGUAAGGGCAUGGGAUGGAGAGUCAGGAGACGUAGGCCAGAGUCCUGACUCUGCUAGUGACUAACUGUGUGGCCUCGGACAAGUCACUGUCCCUCUGUGAGCAUCAGUAUCCUCCUAUAACAGGAGGGGUUUGGGCUAUAUUAUCUCUAGGGUAGGUUCUAGCUUUGGCAUGGUCUUGGAGGUUAGGCCAGACGCUGGCCAAGCUGGGCUUUCUCAGACUUGGAAGGUGUCCUGCUAGGAAAGAACAGGCAUCCUGGGCUAGAGCUUCCCUGGUCUUUAGAGGUGUGGUAGUGUGGUGUCCGGGUUCCUAGGAAAUGCAGGGUAGUUAAACUUUCUUCUUUAGGGGCUGGGAGGGAUAGGGAGGCCUAGUGGCAGACAGAGAGAAAGAGCAGACUUGCUGUGUUGCUCAGUAUUAACUUAGCACAGUGUUUCCUCCUUCUUUGGCCUAGUCUUAGCUUGGGAAGGGACCUUUCUUUGGACUUCCUCUAAGCUAGAAGGAGGAAGACAAUAGCAAGAAGAGCACCAUCUCGGAUGGGGCUUAUCUUCUAUCUCUAGGUGCUGUGAAGCCUUUCAUUUAUCCAUCCUUCCUCCUCGUGGCUAGAGGAAACAGUGGAGAGAAGCCAUUUCUAGUUCUAGCACUUCCCUUUUGGCUUAACCAAAACCCUGUUGGGCUUUGGCUAAAAUCCGUGGGUUGCCUUUGAGCAGUGACACCAAGAACCUGGGAUUACAAGGAGUCGGGGGGACCAAGAGACUCAAGAGGAAUGCUUUGCUAGAAGUGGCUUCUCUCCAUGUCCCUGUUCCCCACCCAAGCUUGGACUGUACUUAAUACAUUUGCAGGCAGCAUCUCUAAGAUGAGGUCUUGCAGAAAGGACUAGAGGAAGAAUCUUUCUGGACUGUGAGUGGUCCCGGAAGAGUCCUUUCUGUGCCAUACCAUGCCACUUCUAUCUACAGGGCAGCCAAAGCCAGCCCUUCUCCCUGAGGGCCCCCCAGGAGAAAUGGCACUCUUCUCCCUUCCCCGGGGGGCAGGGCUGUGGUCUCCCUCCCUAUAUCCCCAACCCACCUGCCCAAUCCAGUAGGAAUCUCGAGGACUUCUCUUCCUGAUUCUCCCCUCCCCUUCCCCUUGUCUCUAGGCUGUGGGACAAUCAUCCUUUUACCCCUUGACAUCCUUGGCUCUCAUCCCUCAGCCUCCAGCAGGCUGGCCCCAUUCCCCCUCCUCCUCUAUGUUUUCUUCCAGAAGAUGCAUUUUGGGUCCGAGAGGAGCAUUUUUUCUGGGAGGCCACCUUUUAACACCCCUGUUUUCCUGAUGUGGAGCAGGAACUUGCACAGGGAGUAGAGAGCUCCCCUGCCCACCUCUCUGCCCAGCCUUGUUACCUCACUCCUGCUCCGGCCAUGGCUGUGAUGGGCCUAGCCAGCUCCCUGUUUUCAUGUUCUGUGCAACAGCUCAGGAGUCUCGUGACUCAAGGUCCUCAGCAGGCCUGGGAGUCCGGAUUGGAGCCUUGGCUGCUGGUGAGAAACACUUUGGCUGCCAAGAGGAGCUGAUGCCAGAUGAUCUCCCCAAUGUGAAGGCUUAAAGAACAAUGUCAUCUCUGCCCCUUGGCCCUCGUCGGUUCUCUCAACACAGUCAGACAUUGCAAAAGCAGAAUGGCUCCAGGCAAGACAGCUGGCUGUCUGGGGAGUUGGCCCUGGGCUUGGGUGCCACGUGCUGGGAUUGUAAAGCAACAGCAGCCAUUUUGCCAACAGUAGCGUGUGGCUCCCACACUCCCCUACCCUGCACUCUAGGGCCAGACCACUCUCUGCAUGGACCAGACCAUCUUCCCAAACCCAUGGUGCUUUUCCCCCAACACAACCUAGACUCCAAGGUGGGGAGGGAUGGAUCAGAGGCCAUAGUGGCCCCUGGAUAAUCUUGACAUGGGAUGGAGUGGGGUGAGGGAGAGGGACCAGCCCCUACACCUGCACUGGGCCAUAAAUGGGAAAGAACACAGGUUGCUUGCAGUGAGUUGUCUGGCCAUCUGUAUUUGGAUCUGUAACUGUACUUUGCCUGGCGCUGUGCGCAAGGUCUGAAAACUUACUGCUAGUACCUAGAAACAUACAAGGCUACCCAGCCAAAUCUUAAUGUAAAGUAGCUAGAGCCAUGGAAGUACAGUGUGAAUUAAAAAAAAAGUAUUGAAUUACAAAUAA